AUGCUCAAGACAUCAUAUCGUGCCCUGCCGGGGUGUUUGAGAAGACCUGUGUCGCAAUGUUCAGUGGGGCUAGCAGCAACCCGCCCUUUUCACUCAACUCGUACCAGCAAUAACCACAGAUCACAGUCCAAUGGUCAAAGCCGGACACAAGAGCAGCGGAAGAACCCACUGCUUCUUGCCUCGGCAUUAUCUGCAACGGCAACUACCAUUGGAGGAACAUUACUAUACACGAUAGUCAACCACGAGAAGAAGAACGAUGACGAGUCUCAGUAUGCGAGUCGAGCUGAGAUGGAACUGGCUGUCGAAGAGAUAAGGAAAGCACUCGGAGAAGACGCUGUCAGUAUAGAAGAUGAGAUACUUCAUUCUCACGGUUACUCCGACUGGUCAACGAUAAAUAUCGACCGGUUACCAGUCGCCGUCACCUUUCCCAAGACGACGGAGGAGGUUGCUACUAUUGCGAAGAUAUGUCAUAAGAGACGCGUACCAAUGAUUCCCUAUUCUGGAGGUUCAAGCGUUGAGGGCCAUUUCUCAGCACCCUUUGGCGGUGUGAGUGUUGACUUUGUGAACAUGAACCAGAUUCUGGAGAUGCACAGCGACGACCUGAAUGUUGUCGUUCAGCCAUCUGUGCCAUGGAUGGAUCUGAACGAGAGGAUUAAAGAUACCGGUCUAUUCUUCCCCAUCGACCCAGGCCCGUCCGCCCAAAUUGGUGGCAUGGUCGGAACAAACUGCAGUGGGACGAAUGCCGUCAAGUACGGUACCAUGAGAGACUGGGUAGUUAACCUCACAGUGGUAUUAAGUGACGGCACAAUCCUUAAAACCCGGCGAAGGCCAAGGAAGUCAUCAGCGGGCUACAACCUCAACUCGUUAUUUGUAGGAUCAGAAGGCACCUUGGGAUUCGUCACUGAAGCAACCUUGAAGCUAGCUCCCAUCCCUGAACAUACAGGUAUUGCGGUAGUCACAUUUCCCUCAGUCAAAGCUGCCGCAACCAUGGCCAUUGAGGUUAUCCGUCGAGGCGUACCAAUCAGUGCCGUCGAGAUACUCGAUGAAGUCCUUAUGAGUGUUAUCAACAGAAUGGGCGCAACAUCAAGAAAGUGGAAUGAAGUGCCAACGCUGUUCUUCAAGUUCAGUGGUAGUGAUGCUAUAGUCAAGGAUAGCAUUGCACAGGUUCAGAGUAUAUCGAAGAAGCAUCAUGCAAAUGACUUCCAAUACGAGAGUGAUCCGGAAAAGCAGAAGGCUCUGUGGUCAGCUCGGAAAGAGGCGUUGUGGAGCAUGAUGGCACUACGUGAGACAGAUGGACAUGUUUGGUCUACGGAUGUCGCUGUCCCUCUAUCACGAGUGUCCGAGCUCAUAGACAUAUCCAAGAAAGAGCUUGUCGAGCUAGGAUUAUUUGGUAGUAUCCUCGGACACAUCGGUGACGGCAACUUUCACGAGACGAUCCUAUUCGAGGAAAAGCAGCGCAAGGAGGUAGAAGAUUGCGUCCACAAAAUGGUCUCACGAGCCAUUGAGAUGGAGGGAACAUGCACGGGUGAGCAUGGUGUUGGACUUGGAAAGAAGGAAUUCCUUAGGGAGGAAGUCGGCGAUGUGCCGAUUCACGUCAUGAGGGCUAUCAAAACAAGUCUGGAUCCGCUUUGGUUGAUGAACCCAGGAAAGAUCUUCGAUCGCAGAGACUAG